UAGCAAGUGCAUCAAGGAUGCAGUCAUCGAUUCCCAUUCUCAAAAACAAAAGAACACUCAAAACACCUAUACAUUACAACACUGCCACUGAAUUCAUAGAGCCAAACCCAAUUUUCACGAAGAAAAAUCCAAACAAAGACUCUAAAAAGCCCAGCCCACUUUUACAAAAAAUACAAACCCAAAAUAAAUAAAAACACGCUACCCAAGGCACCCUGCCAGACUCUGUCUCUCACCUCUUUAACCAUCGAUAUCCUCCAUAACCACCCGAAAACCUACAUACAUAAACACCAAAAAAUCGAAAGGAAACUGCAAAAGCAUCACAAAAACAAACAACAUUUCUUGAAAAAAGAUUACAAUCUUGUUCGAAAACAAAGGUAAAAGCAGAACUCAAACCCAUUUACUUAUUUUCUGAAGUUUCUUUUCCAUUCAAGUUAUUAACAUGCAAUAACACUUGGGUUUUGUAAAAGAAACCCGAAUCUGCAAGAAAGAUUCACCACAGCCUCAGGAUUCAAGGUAUGUCCACUUUCUAUAUUUUUAUAUUUUUAUUUAUUUAUCAGUAUGACUAUAUUAUCUGAAGCUCAAAGGCCUAAAACCAGAGUGAGGAGGAAGCUCUCUUCUCUCUGGUUAGUUAGUUAGUUUCUUCCCUCCAAGGCCUCGAAGCCACUCUCAGACUGAGAGUUUGAGACUGCGAGACUGCUCUGUUAGAUUAGAUGAUGACAUGAGAUGUGCCUAUUUUGCUUAUUAGGCUUUGGGAUGAGAUUGCACUUCUGUUGCACUGCAAUAGCAGUAGAACUUUGUUUAUUUAAAAUAAUGUGUGUCAUUGAAUUACAGAUAUGUCAGACAAAGAACCUUUGACAACCGCAAAAAGGCCCAAGGAAACAAAAACAGCCGCAUCAUCACCAACCAAAACCACAAACAAAGCCAGCAUAAAACCUAAGAAAACAACCAACACAAAAGCAAAAUCCAAAACACCAAAGCCAAGAUCAAAAAGACUAGACGAUCCAAACUAUGUUCAAAUCAAAAGCAAUAUGCUCACUUUUCAGACCACAUUGAGCAACAUAAAAGACAGACUUAAUGCAAACAAACAGGCCCUCAGACACCUAGCCAAGACACCAUUUUGGAACCUAAUCAGUGCUUACAGAGAGGGCUACCUAACAAACACAAACUGCAAAAAGUCUAACUAUGACAUUCUUAGACUAAUCAAUACCUACAACCCUGAGACCAAAAAAUUCAACUUUGGAGCUGGCAAUGAGUACGCAAUUACAAGCCAAGAUGUGGCUGACAUCUUUGGGUUGCCGAACCAUGGCAAGCAGCUUCCAAACACAACAACAUCAACUAGACCGAAACUGGAUUUUGUGAACAAAUACUUCAUGGAAGUCGAAAAGAUCACCAAGACUGAAAUUGAUAGGUUUCUGGACAAAGCACUGGAGGAUGAGACACCUCAAGGGCCAAUGGAUGUCACAAGGUUCAUAAUUCUAGAGUUAUUCAUCAGCAACUUAUUCUGCAACUCAGGAUGUACACUAGCUUGGACAUAUGUGACAACAAUAAAUACCGUGAAAGAUAUGAAGCAAUAUAAUUGGGCAAAGGGAGUGCUGGACUACAUGCACUUUGGUUUGGACCAAGCAAUCAAGAACAAGAAAGACAAGAAAAAACAGCCAAGUGUCAGUGGAUGCCUUGUUCUAAUACUGUAUUGGUUGUGUCAAAGAGGUAAUUUGAUAAGUCCUAUUGUUGGAAGAGAAGACAUGACUCCGGCAGCUGUGAGAUGGAGCCUUCCAGAGAUGAACGUGAAGCUAACUCAUUUGAAAAAUGAGCACAUUAAGCUACUGACUCCAUUGCAAAAACAGAUAACCAUUGCUGAAAAUGAAGACGACAAUGAAGACAAAGAGAGUGAUAUCGAGCAUAAUGAUGGUGGAGAUGACGAAGAUAAUGAAGAGAAUCAAGACCAAUUGCUUAAACAACUGCAUAAAAGGUAUAAACAAGCGGCUCACGAUCAAGAAUCCAAAUUAACUUCGUAUGAUUGGGGUAAAAAACAGAAUACUUGCAAAGGGGAAAAUGAUAUUGCUCAGCAACAACUGUUUACCAGUGGUGAAACUGCGAAAAAAGAUGCAGAGGAAACAGUAUCUCAAAUCCAUGCGCAAAAGCUAGGGAAGCAUCAUCAACAACUUGAAUCCCAACCCGACAGCCAAGAAAAAAUGUAUCAAAACAUUUUUGCGGAGAUGGUGGGGUCAAUACCAGAGUACUACAAGGAUGAAAUGAAGCCUACCCAUGAACGCAUCCAUGAGCUCAAAGAAGCAGUUGAUUAUUGGAUAGACAAAGCAGAUGAUCUCAAGUAUAAGAUGCAGGUUGCAAUUCAAUCGUGCAUGGAAAAAAAUGCAUUUAUUGAAAAAAUCUGUAGUGAAAAGGAAGCUGCACAGAAAAGAACAAAGAAAGUAAAGAAGAAGCUUGAACAACAAGAAGAACAAAACAAAAAGCUACAAGCACAACUAGAGGAAGAGAAAUUGAAGAGGAGGCACCUGCAGAAUAACUAUGAACUGCUUGAAAGAGAGAAAAUGUUAUGCAUUGAGACCAUGAAACAAAAUGACUUUGAUAUUGCAUCUUUGGCACUAUGGGGUUUACAACAUUCUUGA